UCAUCAACGGUUAAGUAGGCUUCAACCGCCUAGUUCUAGUUGGGUUAUUCCGUUGCUGGAGUGCUGAAGAGAGUCAACUUUACCACCGUUGCUGUAUCACAACAAGUUUCUGGAUAAAAAAAUGAGAGAAAUUGUACAUCUGCAGGCUGGCCAGUGUGGCAACCAAAUCGGAGCGAAGUUCUGGGAGGUGAUUAGCGAUGAGCACGGCAUCGACCCCACCGGGACGUACCAAGGGGACAGCGACCUGCAGCUGGAGCGUAUCAACGUGUAUUACAACGAGGCUUCAGGUGGCAAAUAUGUCCCUCGUGCUGUGCUGGUGGACUUGGAACCAGGCACAAUGGAUUCUGUGAGGUCUGGUCCUUUUGGUCAGGUGUUUAGACCUGACAACUUUGUCUUUGGUCAGAGUGGAGCUGGCAAUAACUGGGCUAAAGGCCAUUACACAGAGGGAGCUGAGUUGGUUGAUACAGUCCUGGAUGUGGUGAGAAAAGAGGCAGAGAGCUGUGACUGUCUUCAGGGCUUCCAGCUCACUCACUCCCUGGGAGGAGGCACAGGCUCUGGUAUGGGCACUCUCCUUAUCAGCAAGAUCCGAGAGGAGUACCCCGACCGCAUCAUGAAUACUUUCAGCGUUGUGCCUUCACCCAAGGUUUCAGACACAGUGGUGGAGCCUUACAAUGCCACGCUGUCCGUCCACCAGCUGGUUGAGAACACCGAUGAGACCUACUGCAUCGAUAAUGAGGCCUUGUAUGACAUCUGUUUCCGCACAUUGAAACUCACCACACCCACCUACGGUGAUCUCAACCACCUGGUCUCCGCCACCAUGAGCGGUGUGACCACCUGCCUGCGCUUCCCUGGGCAGCUGAAUGCUGAUCUGAGAAAACUGGCUGUCAACAUGGUGCCGUUUCCCAGGCUGCACUUCUUCAUGCCGGGCUUUGCUCCUCUGACCAGCCGAGGCAGUCAGCAGUAUCGGGCUCUGACGGUUCCUGAGCUCACCAUGCAGAUGUUUGAUUCCAAGAACAUGAUGGCAGCCUGCGACCCUCGCCACGGACGCUAUCUCACAGUCGCCGCCAUCUUCAGAGGACGCAUGUCUAUGAAGGAGGUGGAUGAACAGAUGCUGAAUGUGCAGAACAAGAACAGCAGCUACUUUGUGGAGUGGAUCCCCAACAACGUGAAGACGGCCGUCUGCGACAUCCCUCCUCGCGGCCUCAAGAUGGCCGCCACUUUUAUUGGCAAUAGUACAGCCAUUCAAGAGCUGUUCAAACGCAUCUCGGAGCAGUUCACCGCCAUGUUCCGCCGUAAAGCCUUCCUCCACUGGUACACCGGGGAAGGUAUGGACGAGAUGGAGUUCACCGAGGCAGAGAGCAACAUGAACGACCUGGUGUCGGAGUAUCAGCAGUACCAGGAAGCCACCGCUGAGGAAGAGGGGGAGUUUGAAGAGGAGGGUGAGGAGGAUAUGGCCUAACCCCUCCAUGCCACUGCUCAGGCUGAGCAGCAUGGUCCAGCUUUAGUCAGAAUGUUGAGUUUUAACAUUUCAUUGUUCUCUCGGCUUUGAGUGUUUAGAUGUUUCCUGAUCUUACCUGUUCUGUUGUUUCCUGUUUGGAUUAUAAAUGUUUUUCCUGUUAACUCGUAUCUUUCACAUGCCGACACGACAGAAAGUAGCUGCUGGGCAAUCAGAGCCAUGAAAACUUGGUGGUGCAGUUCUUCUUUUGGAUUGAAUUACAGACUACGGAUGUUGUAAUCCGUGAUGAAGACCAUCUGCAGGUUCUUGCCAGUUUGGUGCCACAAAAGCAAAUUGUAUGUUACUGGGAUUCCUCUCUUAAGCUUGGUGUGUACUGAAACACUAAUUUCCCUUCCCUGGGACAAAUAAAGCUUUUCAUUUCA